GCCGGAGAGGUCACACAGGUGGCGGCGCGUUCACCCGCCAUGGCACAAUUCAAUAUCCACACACAUGACGCCCUCGUUUGAAGAAGUGCUGGGAGAUAUUUCGGACUUCCUUCGGGAUGGCUUGUUUGAGUAUGCGUCCAGCGACGAGUCAUCGUCGAUGCACCGCGCAUUUGCCGCGUCGCCAUCCACCCUACCUGCCCGCUGCGCCUCGAGCGUCGACGGCCCCGACGAUGAUGAAAAGUGCGUGUCGUACCUUGGAAAACUGUACACGAUGCUCAGCGUGUGCCCACCGACAGUUGCAUCGUGGACGCGCAGUGGCGCGGCGUUUGCCAUCUACGACCCUGAAUCGUUGGAAAAGGUCGUGAUUCCACAACACUUUCAACCGAUCAAGUUUGAAAGCUUCGUCCGACAGCUCAACUCGUACCGGUUCAAAAAGUCCAAAAUCGUGAACCCAGACAACACGACCUUUCUGGAGUUUCAACACAGCAGCUUUGUUCUCGGCCGACCCGACCUUCUCGAGUCCAUCAAACGCCGUCGUCGCAUCCGACGAAAGGGCCCAAAGAGCAUCCAAGACAUGAACGAUGCCGACCUCCGCGCGGCCAUGACAGACCUCGUCCAGCUUGUGCAAACCUUACAUACUGAGCUUCAUGAAACGAAGGCCCUCGCGGCGUCGCUCGCGGCGAAGCGAGCCACUUGACACGUCGCGACUGUUCACGCUUCAAUUAACUUAAUUGGUAGAACUUGUCUGAUCCUCAUCAUGACGUGGCAAAGCCCUGGCGCGCCAAUUCUGG